AAAUUUACAAAUAAUUUCGUUAAAAUCAUUUCUAGAUGUUUGUAAUCUUUAAUGUGUAUACUUUAUAAAAGAAAACCCUCAUUUCCAAGUAUUUAAUUUUUACACAUUAGACAAUGAUUUUUUCAUGUCUUAACAUUUUCAGUAACUUUUUCUCAAAAAAAAUCUAUUUUUUCCCCAAAAUUAGUAAAUGAUCUUGUUAAUUUGGAAAUUCUUAUAUAUUUGUAAUAUUUUAUGUGUAUACUAUAAGAAAAAACAAAAUCAGGGGCGCUGCCCUCGUACCCCUUUUACCUUUUAGUCCAUCAUUUUCACUAUAUUCAAUUUCGGACACCUUCGGAUAAAUUCCUGGAUUCGCCACUGUACGUACAUCUCUUUUGCAGGCAUAUACAAACAAUCUGUCUAAUUUUAGAAUAUCACUCAGCCGCCCUUUGCCAGUGUUUAACAACUUUUAUGUCAUACAUUUUAUUUUUCAUUUCCGUUUAUCUGUCUCUGGGUCUUAUUACAGAUUUGUCCAAUUUGACUUGCUAACCCAAAGGACAUGGCUUUUGGCUGUGGUCAUCAGACAUGCAGCGAGUGUGGCAAAGACCUUUGCUAUGCCCAAUUUGUCCCGGUAAUGUUGAGAUCAGAAUUAAGCUCCAUUAAGUUGCUUGUCCACUUCCUUUAUCACCUUCAACAUCAUUCUUUUUCAAAUAUUAUGUUGGUUCUGGAUGUUCGAUUUUUAUUUGUUGUUUUGAAGCGCUACAUACGUAGCGUUUUGCAUCAUUUCCACAUUAUUUGGUUGUAUAUCUUUUUAUUGUUUUUUUACGGAUAAAGACUCGAUUGGCCAAAUCAAACUCAACGCAUCGAACAUUGGAUUUUCUUUUUAUUGCUUUUGAAUCAAGUUGUUCUUCUAUAUUAAUUGUUUAAUAAAUGGAUUUGUUUGGCGUUUGCAUAUAUCGUGAAACAUAUUCUCUUUAGUUUAUUUUUGGUUGUUUCCUUUCUUACGUGAGGGUUUAGAGUUAAGGUUGUAGUGGUUCAGCCGCAUAUACAUAUGAUAUAAUGUGAUAUGGACAUUACACAUAAAACAAUUUUAGCCAUACACUUAUUGGGAAUUCUUCUCAUGCCAUCAGAGCCAUACACUUGAGAUGGUUUUUUUUUUCCUUUUAAUUCGCUGCUAUGGGCGACACAAAGACUAAAUUGAAGGCGAUAUCAGUUUCGUCGACUGAACCGUUACUCAACUUACUGAAGUAAGACCCUAAAAUUGACUAUUGGUGGAUGAUUAAUUCCAUACUUCCUGCUUGGUUCUUUAAUACCAUUGAACCAACGUUUCGAUCAACAAUUGCUUAUUGGGAAUUCACUAGAGAGCUUUGAGAGGACUUGUGGUUGAGAUUUGGGGUCGCAAAUGGGCCGAAAAUCAUUCAAUUGAGACUGAGUUGGGCAACUGCAAACAGAGAGGCCACUCAGUUGGAGGCGACUCAGCUGCUGAAUAAUUUGGGAAGAUGAAAAUGGUGUGGGAUGAGGUCAAUGACUACGAACCUAUUUUGACAUGCAAUUGUGGUGGUUGAAAAUGUCAGAUUGCGUAGCAAUCGUUGGCACGACGAGAGGACGACACAAGUCCAUCAAUUUUUGGUGGGGCUCGAGGAUUCACUAUUUGGGACAGUGUGUUCUACCAUCCUGAAUUUAGAUCCAUUGCCAAACUUGAAUCAAGUUUAUGCAAUGAUUGUGAUCGAAGAGCAACAUCAUACAUCUGCUCGAUAUAGAGAUGAUAGGAGUGAUGCAGUCGCCUACCUCGCCUAAAGCAAAGUUCGGGUUGGAUCAAAUAUAUAUAUAUAUGGCAAUGAUACUAUUUAUUCUCUUUAGGACGUGCUUUGACGAUCAACAUUACGCCACCGGCCAUCCAAUAAUCCACCACAUCUAGACAAUAUUAUUAUUAAUAGUGGAGACUUGGUCUCAUCUCAUCAACUUGUAACUGGGGAAGUCUUCCCUCUCUCUAAUAUAAUUAAAAAAGACUUGGUGUAAAUUGUUGCAUAUUUAUUUUCUGAGCUGUUUUGCCAUAAGAAAAUAAAAGGAAGAAGUUGUAUCCGCUGUUUGUUUGUUGUAGGAAGAAGAAUUUUGUUUUAAAGGAUGGGGGACAAAAGCUCCAGCUCUCAAAAUGAUGAAACCCCACAUAAGAAGCUUGAUAAGUGGUAUUCCAAAAUCUUAGACAACUACAAUUCAUUAGAUGAGGUUACGGACGCUCUGAAACGUGCUGGUCUCGAAUCUUCCAACCUAAUCGUCGGGAUUGAUUUCACUAAUAGCAAUGACUGGACAGGCAUGAGAUCGAAUAAGGGUCUAAGCAUGCAUCACAUUGGAAAUGGUCCAAAUCCAUACGAACAAGCAAUAUCUAUUAUCGCAAAAACCUUGGCUGCUUUUGACGAGGACAACUUAAUCCCCUGUUUUGGAUUUGGAGAUGGCACAACAUACGACCUGGAUGUAUUUAGUUUCACUCCCGGGAACAAAUAUUGCAAAGGAUUUGAGCAAGUGUUGAGCCAAUACAGAGACAUUGUUCCAAAACUGCAACUGGCUGGUCCAACAUCUUUUGGACCGAUAAUUGAAAUGGCAAUGACUAUAGUUGAGAAGAGUGGAGGCCAAUAUCACGUUCUACUAAUUAUCGCAGAUGGACAGGUUACAAGAUAUGACGAUACUGAAGAAGGCAAGUUAAGUGAGCAAGAGCAGAAGACUAUUGAAGCAAUUGUUGCAGCUAGCAAAUAUCCGUUAUCGAUUAUUUUGGUUGGGGUUGGAGAUGGCCCGUGGGACAUGAUGAAGGAAUUUGAUGACAAUAUCCCUGCUCGCGACUUUGACAAUUUCCAGUUUGUCAAUUUUACGGAGAUUAUGUCCAAAAAUAUUCCCCAGUCUCAAAAAGAGAAAGAAUUUGCUCUUGCAGCAUUGAUGGAAAUCCCCUUCCAAUAUAAAGCAACAAUGGCGCUUAAUUUGUUAGGUGAAAGGAAAGGAUACCAUCCCGAGCGGGUAUCUCUUCCUCCUCCCUCCUAAGGUAAAUUAUAAGUCUUUUAAUAAUUAAUUUAUUCAUCUCCAAAUUAAAUUAUGCUCCAUUAAGUUUAUAUUACAAGCACAAUGUUAAUGCCAAUGCAGUUCCUUGUGGCCUCAUUUGCAAGUGUUGAUUUCUUAUAAUAAAUUUAAUUUUUCAUUUUCAUUAAUGGGUUUUACAGAUCUGUCAAAUUUGUCUAAGUAACACAAAGGACAUGGUUUUGGGUUGUGGUCAUAAGGUAAAUUAAUUUGUUUUAAUUAAUAACCGUGUACUAUGGCAUGGUUAUAUGGUUAUGUCAAUUUGAUCCAUGAAUGUACUUCUUUCCCUUGUUUUUCAGACAUGCAGCAAGUGUGGCCAAGACCUUGAGCUUAUGUCCAAUUUGUCGCAGUAAAAUCGAAAACCAGAAUCAACCUCCAUUAAGUUACGUUGCUCCUCGUCGUCGGCUUCCUUUAUCAACUUUAGCAUCAUUCUGUUUUUGUUUUUUAAAUAAAUAUAAUGUGGGUUCUUGAUGGUGCAAAGGUUGUGAUCUAAGAUUCUUGGUAAGAUACAUUGGAUGCUUUUUUCGGUCUUGAAGCGAUACAUACUAAAUAUUUUGCAUCAUUUGGUUGUAUAUAUUUUUAUUGUUUUUCACCGUUAAAGACAAAUUGAAUGCAGUGGGAUUCCAGUUUCGUUGCCUUGAUUUUUCUGUAAAAAUGUGAGUCAAUGUUUUGUUUA